AUGUCCCAAGUGGGUGAUGCAGAGGUUCCCAGCAAAGAAGACCCUGUGCUCAGUCCCCAACACAACUGUGAGCUUUUACAGAACAUGGAAGGAGCCAGCUCCACUCCAGGCCUGGCACCAGAUGGGCCAGGAACAAGCUCUGGGCCCCAAGUCAGGGCUGGCAGCAGAAGGAAGAUCCCCAGGAAGGAGGCCCAUCAAGGUGCCAGCUCCUGGGCUGCGGGUGCUGCUGGGGUCUGCCCAGGGGUCUCGGAGCUGCUCGCUGUGGGACAGAGCCAGGGCUCGAGGCCGGGUCCUGGGCUCCACAUGCAGCUGCCCUCGGUACCAGCUCAGGGGAGAGCUCUGACCUCCAAGAGGCUCCAGGUUUAUCUGUGUGACAUCUUAGCUGACAGUUGCCCCAGGAAACUUUGUCACAGGUCUGCUGGCCUUCCAGAGAGAGCCCUGGUCUGCAGGGAGAGGCUUGCAGGGGUGGAGGAGGUGAGCUGCCCCAGGUCCAGGGAGGCCAGAGACGGUGGGAUGAGUUCUCCAGGGUGUGACAGAAGAAGCCCCACAAUCAGCAAAGAGGAGCCCCAUGGAAGGCCCCCGACAGCCUCACCAGGCCCAGCCGCUGUGAGGGUAAGAAAGAAAAGCAGGAAGCAGGGGGCCCAUUUGGAGGGUGGGGAAAGGGCCGGCAGCUUCCUGUGGCUUGAUUGGAGCCCUGGUGGAAACAAGCCCUCAUCUGUGGGAGACCCUCCCCAGGGUGCUGACCUGGAGUCCUUGGGAGGCCCCUGCAGAGACACUGGGUCUGGGCCUGCAGAGCCAGGUGGAAGUGGGGCAGGUUGUGCCUCAGGGACUGAGAAGUUUGGAUAUUUGCCUGCUGCAGGGGAUGGGGCCCAGCCAGGCAGCCCCUGUGGCGCUGUCGGGUUCCCAGUGCCCAGUGGAGGGGAGUCCCUCAGUCCAGCUGCACAGGCUCCUCCACAGAGCGCGGCACUGUGCCUGGGGGUGUCAGCAAGGGCCUCUGCAGAGCAGCAAAAAGCUGUGCGUGUCGUGCGGGCUGGCAGUGUUGAAGGCCGGGCUGCAGCGCAGGACCAGGAGGAGCUGCAGGUCAAGGGUCAGCCAGCAUCCAGGGGAAGGCUGGAGCAAGGACUCGCUGCCCCUGCGGACAGCUGUGUUGGCUCCCCGGAGUCCUUGGGCAGCCCCAGCUCCCCUCUGGACCCGGAAGCCAGCAGGGCCUGCUCAGGCCCAUUCACGGAGCAGAGAAGAUCCAAGGGCACUAAGAAGCUGAAGAAGGGUCCGGUGCCCUGUGCCCAAGACCAGGGUGCAGACAGAAGCUUAGUCAACUCCCACCAGGACGGGCCAGAGGAACCCGGCCCAGGAGGCUGCCCCAGACUGGAGGAAGUGAAAAUACCCCAUGGGGUGAAGCUUGUGUAUUAUCUGGAUUCCGGGCCAGUGAUCCAUCUUCUGGGGGCUGUCAGCCAUAGCCAGGCAGGGGGUCAGCUCGCACCAAAGCUAGAGGUCCUGGAGGACUUGAUGCAGUUCAGCUCGCUCUCACCUGCCAAGAGGCUCAGAAGGAAGAAAAGACCCAUGGCGCAGGGCCCUGCUGGGUGCCAGGUUUUCCAGCCUCCUCCUUCAGGAGGCACAGCAUGGGACUCUGGUGGCCUCUCUGACCCCUUCCACCCUCCAAGAAGCGGUUCCCUGUCCCUUGGCAACCCCAUCUUGGACCCUGCGUGUCACCAGGGGAGUAGUGGCCCAAUGGAGGCUGAAGAAGAGGAACCUCUGCUGGAGGAGGAGGCGGAGGACUCAGCUCUGCUCCAACAGGAGAAGCCAUCCCUGUAUAUCGGGGUGCGGGGCACUGUUGUCCGUUCCAUGCAGGAGGUGCUGUGGACUCGCCUUCGGGAGCUCCCAGACCUGGUGCUGAGUGAGGAGGUGGUGGAGGGCAUCGCUGCUGGCAUUGAGGCAGCCCUCUGGGACCUGACACAAGGCACCAACGGCCGCUACAAGACCAAGUACCGCAGCCUGCUGUUCAACCUGCGGGACCCCAGGAACCUGGACCUGUUUCUCAAAGUGGUUCAUGGAGAUGUCAACCCCUAUGACCUGGUGCGGAUGAGCUCGAUGCAGCUGGCCCCCCAGGAGCUGGCCCGCUGGCGGGACCAGGAGGAGAAACGGGGCCUGGAUAUCAUUGAGCAGCAACAGAAGGAGCCGUGCAGACUCCCAGCCUCCAAAAUGACCCACAAAGGCGAAGUGGAGAUCCAGCGGGACAUGGACCAGACGCUGACCCUGGAGGAUCUGGUGGGACUGCAGGUGUCCAGGGACUGCAGCCCACAGGCCCCGCCCAUCGCAUCAGAGGACACCACGGGGCAGCACGAACACCACUUCCUAGACCCUGACUGCCGCAUCUGCAUGGACUGGGAGCCCUCGAGUGAGCUGCUGGGCUCCUUCAAAGCCACCAAGAGGCUUGGGGACAAUAUCUUCCAGAAAGUCCUAAGCCAAACUCCUGUGCCUGCUCCAGAGAUGCCCAAAGCCAAGGAGAUGCCUCCCACAGAGCCACAGGACAGGGUCCCUCCAUCUGGGCCCCAGGUGCCUUCUGCGCCCACAGAGGCCCUGCCCUGUCCGCUGCCCUGGGAAGGUGUUCUGGACAUGUUCUCCAUCAAGCGGUUCCGGGCCAGGGCCCAGCUGGUCUCGGGACAGAGCUGUCGGCUCGUCCAGGCUCUGCCCACCGUGAUCCGCUCAGCAGGCUGCGUCUCCCCCAACACUGUCUGGGACCUUCUGGCCAGCAUCUGCCCAGCCAAGGCCAAGGAUGUCUGCGUGAUCAGACUGUGCCCACACGGGGCCCGGGACACCCAGAACUGCCGCCUGCUCUAUUCAUACCUCAACGACAGGCAGCGCCACGGCCUGGCCUCUGUGGAGCACAUGGGGAUGGUUCUGCUGCCCCUGCCUGCCUUCCAGCCCCUGCCCACCAGGCUGCGCCCUCUAGGGGGCCCAGGUCUGGAAGUCACUCACUCAAGUCUGUUGCUGGCUGUGCUGCUCCCCAAGGAAGGGCUUCCGGACACAGCAGCGUCCAGCCCCUGGGUGGGGAAGGUUCAAAAGAUGGUCUCCUUCAACAGUAAGGUAGAGAAGAGAUACUACCAACCAGACGACAGGAGGCCGAGUAUGCCCCUGAAGGGCACCCCUCCCCCAGGAGGCGCCUGGCAGCAGAGCCAGGGCAGGGGCAAUAUAGCUCCAAGGGGAAUCUGUGCUUGGCAGAGACCCCCCAGAGGCAGGGGGAGGCUCUGGCCAAAGCCUGAAAUUUGGCAGGGUCCUGGGCGAGGGCAAUGGCCCCCAGAACCCGGCUUGCGCCAGUCCUGGCAUCCCUAUUCAGCAGCACCAGCUGGCCAUGGCUUUGGCCAUGGCCAGCACCUCCACAGGAACUCCUGUCCCCACAAAGCCCUGCUCCAGCACCUGGAAUCCCUGGUGACCAUGAGUCACCAGCUCCAAGCCUUACUGUGCCCCCAGACCAAGAGCUCCAUCCCUCACCCUCUGUAGCAUCUGUCCAGCCCUGCAGCUCCAGAGCUCCCUGGCCCAGCCCCUGACUCCUCUUUGGGGCUUACAGAUGAAGCUGGCUCUGAGUGUCCCCUCCCUAGAAAGGCCUGACCCUCCUUACCCACCAGAACAGGGGUUUGGAUGCUCUCACUCGUGUUGAAGCCUGUUCCGGAGAGAUGCUGGGCUGCAAGGAGAGGAGGGUCAGCUCUACGCACCUGCCCUGUUUGAGCUUCCUGUUUGACAAUGUUUGCUGUUGAUUUUUCAUUCAAUAAAGAAUUUGGCAAAAUUGGGA